AUGCCAUCGAGGCUGCCUUCACAAGCUUCAAAAAGUUAUGGCACUCUCCGGCAACCUCCUCAGCACCGGUCUCACCAUAUCUCAUCACGAACGCUGGUCCGCAGUGCAUUGGAUAUCUCGGCACGCACAUCCACGAUAUCUCAGCCUCCAACGUUUCUCCUCCCUUUCCGUGCGAGCCUACACCAGGCAUCGACGCAGCAAGCUGUGAGCCCAACAUCGCAAUUCCACAACACUCAACCCGAGAUCCCACCCCCGCUGCUUCAGACGACGGAUGUGAAUGCACUCUCCCCCUCUCCCGAAUCCUCCGAGAGCACAUCAAUCACCACUGCUCCUUCCACGACGCAGUCUCUCUCGCAACCGCUCGUGCUGUCUCGAUCUCUGCAAGAAUUUCUGCCCAAACUGUGCGUGCAGAAACCGCACUACAUCGUCGCCCAUAUCCACCGAUUCCCGUACCUGUUAACCGAAGGCGACACACUCCGAUUACCUUUCCACAUGAAAGGCGUUUCGCCUGGCGACGUUUUGCGAUUUAACCGCGCCAGCAUUCUCGGAUCGCGCGACUACACCCUCAAGGCCGGCACGAGCAACACCGAGUCAUACGAUGCCAAACGCACAGGCGAGCCCACUUACCUGGAUGAACGGCUGUUCGAGUGCCGGAUGCGUGUGGUGGGGCUGGAGACCGGGCCGAUGAUGGACAAAGAAAAAAAGAAGCGCAGAAACAGGCAUCGCAAGAUCGUCCACAGCAAGCACAAGUACACGGUGCUGCGGGUGAUGCAGAUCAAAAUCAAGAACUUGGAGGAGCUCAACCAAGAGAAGGCCACGCUUUUACUCGAGUCAUAG